UCCCGGAAACGGGUCGGCAGGACCGGAAGUGACUCUCUUUAGUUCCCCCCUUCACGUGGUGCGGACGGGAAGUGACGCGCGCGGCCCGGGAGCUGCGGACGCGGAGGCCGACGGAGCCGGAGUCGCGGACGCCGCGGGGUCUCCGGGACAGGAACCCCCUGUGCUGUGUCCAGAUUGUGCAGGGGAAGUUUGCUGGGACCCUGGCCCCACCUAGCCAGCGGAAUGUCAGCCACACUGGAUCUGAAAUCGAAGGAGGAGAAAGAUGCUGAGUUGGACAAGAGGAUCGAGGCUCUUCGGCGAAAGAAUGAGGCCCUCAUCCGGCGCUACCAGGAGAUUGAGGAGGACCGGAAAAAAGCCGAACUCGAGGGAGUAGCCGUGACAGCGCCCCGGAAGAACCGCUCAGUGGAGAAGGAGAACGUGGCAGUUGAGGCGGUGAGCUCCACACUGGGUUGGGGGCCUCAUCAGGACAGGGACGGGGAGAAGACCUCUCGAAGGUCUCCCGGGACCCCACGGCCCCCAGGGGCCAGCAAGGGAGGCCGGAUGCCCCCCCAACAUGGAGGCCGGGCAGGCAUGGGCCGGGCAGCCCACAGCUGGGAGGACAGUUGCGGGGAGCAGCCUCGAGGAGGAGCUGGGGGCCGUGGCCGGAGAGGCCGGGGCCGAGGGUCCCCUCAUCUUUCUGGAGCUGGAGAUACCUCAGUGGCUGACCGCAAAUCUAAGGAGUGGGAGGAGCGGCGGCGGCAGAACAUCGAGAAGAUGAACGAGGAGAUGGAGAAGAUUGCGGAGUAUGAGCGCAACCAGCGGGAAGGUGUGCUGGAGCCCAACCCUGUGCGGAACUUCCUGGAUGACCCCCGGCGGCGCAGUGGUCCCCUGGAGGAGCCUGAGCGGGACCGCCGGGAAGGCAGCCGCCGGCACGGGCGCAAUUGGGGGGGGCCUGACUUUGAGCGGGUGCGCUGCGGCCUGGAGCAGGAGCGGCAGGGCCGCCGGGCCGGCCUGGGCAGCGCUGGCGACAUGACGCUCUCCAUGACGGGCCGGGAGCGGUCGGAGUAUCUGCGCUGGAAGCAGGAGAGGGAAAAGAUCGACCAGGAACGGCUGCAGAGACACCGCAAGCCCACCGGCCAGUGGCGGCGGGAGUGGGAUGCUGAGAAGACCGAUGGGAUGUUCAAGGAUGGUCCAGCUGCUGCCCUUGAACCAUCUCACCGCUACGAUGAUCAGGCCUGGACUCGGCCCCCCAAGCCCCCCACUUUCAGGGAGUUCCUGUCCCAGCACAAAGCUGAGGUCAGCCGCAGGAAGAAGAAGAAUAGCCGACCCCAGACCAAGGCAGCCCCUCGUGCCUACAGUGACCAUGAUGACCGCUGGGAGACGAAGGAGGUGGUGUCCCCAGCCCCUGAGGCCUCACAGCCCACUCCACCUGAGGAGGCGCCCACACAGCUACUUGAGACCCCAGCUCCUCCUGCCCACCGGCCCCCUGAGGAUGAGGGGGAGGAGGACGAGGGGGAGGAGGACGAGGGGGAGGAUGAGGAGUGGGAAGACGUGAGUGAGGAGGAGGAGAUCGAGGAGGAAGAAGAGGCUGAGGAGGAGGAAGAACAACCAGCCCAAGACCAUCAACCCCAAGAGGCUGACCCCACCGGAAGCCCUACCAGAAGCCCCACUGGAAGCCCCACUGGAAGCCCCACCGGAAGCCCCACUGGAAGCCCCACCGGAAGCCCCACCGGAGGUGACCAGCCAGCCCCUGCCUCCCUGGAGAGUGGGCCCAGCCUCCCAGGAACCCAGAAAGCUGAAGAGGAAGGGUCUGAGGCAGCUCCAGAGGCGGGCCCCGAGGGCCAGGAGGCCGCGGAGAUCACAGACUUCCAGAGGGCCUCCCCGAAUUCCUGAAGACGCUGCUGGGAGGGGACUGAAGCUUCCCCGCCUUGAUGGGGUGGGGGCGGCAGGAGGGGGUUAGUCUGGAUUUCCAGGCUGCGCUCUCUCCUCCCUGGAGACCGCUCUGGAUCCCAUGGCUUUAGGGAGUGGGAGAAAUUGAGGGUGGCGGGGAGGAGUUGGGGAAGGGUUGUGGGGCCGAGCUGGGGCUUCGGGGUGUGUUUAGACCUCAGGACACUAAAUCCAGAGGAGGUCUUGUGAAGGGCGUGGUUAGAACGCCUGGACGAGGCUAGAGUUCUGCUGGAUGGAGUUAGAACACUGCACGGCCUGAGCCGUAGCAUGGGGCCGCGAGAGCCGGUUUAGACGGGAGUUCCUAAUGCGGGCGUGGGGUGCAGCCCUCGGUCGAGGGCGUGUUCAGUAAGGUGCUGGAACCAGUGGAGCGAGGCGGAGGAAAGGGGUGGAGCCUGGGCUAGAGAGCGUGAAUCCAGUAAGAGAGGGUGCCUUCGAAUGCUCCAGUCGAGUUUGAUUUGGGGAAAGGUGAGAUAGAAGAGGAGCGAGCCUGCGGCUAAGGAUAGGAGGGCUUUGUAAGGCCUGAACCUGGCCAGGCCGUGGGGCUUGGAGGCGGGCUUAGAUGCCUGGGAGAAGUCUGAGUCCCAAGAGGGGACGGGGUUACGGCUAGGGG